AAUAUUAAAAAAGGAAACUAAAACACUUUUUACUAUUAGCAUAUUUUUAUCUAAUAAUUAUAUAAAUAUUUUAAAAUAGCACAACUCUAGAAUAUAGAUACCUUUAGUGAACAAAAUAUUAUAAAAUAUUAAAUUUACUUUUAGCCUAAUAUUAGUCUGAUUUAUUUUGCUUUAUGUUUGUAGAACCUAAUAUACCCUAGUAAAAUUACCCUAACAAAUCGGAAUUCUCUUGUUUUAGCUUAUUUUAAAUUAAUUUUCACUUUACCUUUUAAAAAAUCUAAUUUAUAUAAUUACUUAGAAUUAUGAAGUAUUUUCAUUAUUGUAAAUACCGAUAUGUGCUCAUUAGAUUUCACAAUUUUAUCAGUAAUGUUCAUUUAUGAAAUGAUAUAUUGAUCACAGAUCAUUUUUUUCUAAUAAUUUCUUUAAAAAAUCAGCAUAUAUCAAAUUAUUAUAAUAUUACAAAAUAUACUUGUACAUAAAUGAAGAACUAAACUAAUACGAUAAAUAAAACUAGUACGAUAAAUAAAAAUAAUUUGAUUUGUCUUAAUUAAAAUAAAAAAUAAUUAUACUUUAAUUCAAAAUUGCAAGAAUAUAUAUACAUAUAUAACUAAAUAUACUCAUAAAAUUAGUAACUAAAUUAAUCCAGUUUCUUAUAUCCAAAAUCAAAGAUCUAACUAAAAUAUUAAUAUACUAUUUUAUAAUAAUAUUUUAUUUAUUUUUCUAUAUAUAAAUUAUGAGAUGACCCGAAACAUAUUAAUUAGCAAAAAAAAUAUUAAUUAUUGUUACAAUUUAGUUCUUGUAUAUAUAUAUAUAUGCAUAAGAGUUCAGAUUAUUAUCUUUAUAAUCAUUUAUUUUAAUUUGAAUAGAACAUUUUAGAUCUUUUCUGUUUUGUUCUUAAAACAAUAUGUAUUGAGUUAUACAUAAUAUUGAUAAAAUAUGUUUACAUAUCUAAUAUAACAAUCAACCUAAAUGCAGAUAACAAAAUUAAUCAAAAAUAUAAUUUAUUUUAAACUUUAAUUUGGAGAAGUAGAUAGAUUUGGACAUUCGGAUCUUGGGGUCUGGUUUGGUUAGUGCAUAUCGGGUCCGGAUCUUUCGAGUCCUAGACAGUUGUUCCUAACUAGUCCGACUAGGUAUUUAAUAAUUUUCAGUUCGGUUUGAUCCCUUUCAUGUUCGGGUUGGUUCGAGUCCAUAAGUAAAAUACAUGUAGUCUAUGUUUUCCCAAUUGACACUCUUCAACUUGCAUCCAUUUAAGCGGAAUCUUGGAGAAAAGCUAACGCAAAAAAGGAAGAGGACAAGGAUCAUGAGGACCCUCCUACUUCAAAGGUUCAGACAGUGCCCCCUUGGAUAUUUCGAUAUGUACCUGCCAAAUUGAUACUUCAUUGAUUGAUAAUAGCAAUGUAGUGGCUUAGGGUGGGGCUUUAAAGAUCAAAUUGGUUCGAAUCUUUCGGAUUACGGGUGUGCAAGAGAAGCCUCUCAGAGAUGGAAAGUUUAUUAUGGGCAACUCCAUGCAUGAGAGACAUGAGGAUAACCUCGAUCCGGUUCCAGAAAAACUAAUUAGAUCUAUUGGAUAUGACUGCGAACCCGAUGGAUUGGCCAGCAUUCGCGUCGAAAAUUGAAUUGUUCCAUAGACUACAGGAGGACUACGAGACCGUGAAUCUGACUCAUAUUCCUCCAAGUAGGAAUGGUUGAACGGAUUCAAAGCAAGAACCAGAGGUUGCAUUUUCUCCCAUAUAGAUCAAACAUGGACAUGCAGAAAUGUUCUUCGGAAAAUCGGUACGUUUGACCAGCACGUGAUCUAGUUUAAACGGGAAAGAAAUAAGAGAAGGCAUGGAGAGCAGCAACAUCCAUAUAGUCUGUUGAUAAAGACAAUUGAUAAGACUGUGACGAACAGAUUAUCUACCAUUAGGCGCCAGGGUGAUCAAAAGAUGGAGGAGGGCCUUUGAAUUUGGUUUGGAACAAGAUGAUAUGUAAAGAGGAGUUUAUACUUUCUUUAUCAUUCUAACUCAUAGUUACAUCAUAGGUAAAACAGUUUUUUGGAUGAAUAAAAUUUAACAUUUAUUCAAAAAAAAAGAAUGGCCUCUAGUCAAUCAAAAAUAUUUAAAUCAACAUAAAAAGGAGAACUAAAAAAACAAAACUCGAACAAGUUAAUGACUCACACAAACUCAACAACAACUACAUUGAUCAAAAGUUCAAAAGCUCAAUCAAGUAAUUCUUAAGAAUAAGGAUGACCUCUUCUCGGAUCCUACCUACUUUUGAAGCUAAGCAGGAAAUCUUCAAUAUAUCACAUCAAAGAUAUAUAUAAGUUUCCAUCAAUUUUUGUUUGUCAUAAAAUGCAUCAUCUUUUGAUAUAAGACUUUUCUCUCUAGAAAAAGUACUUCUUUGUAUAAAAAGUAUGGUGAAAAUGAAACUCUACUUCUCUUCAGAUUUAGACUCAACAUUUGGAGUCCAUAAUAACUGGACAUGAUGUAGGAAGCAAUGAGAUCUAUUGAUGAUGGUUGAUGUAUAUUUCUUGGCUCUGUAUCAUUUCAAGGUCUAAAAAGGACAAUCCACACAGUCUCACAUGUUCAUCUCUUUAUGCUUCAAACUCGGGGUGAAUUAUCCAUCCACUUUGAAUGUGAAAUUUUAUAAUAACACUAUAGCCAAAAGCCUCCACUUCAUCAAGAAAUUCUAAUUCAACAUCAGAAAUGCAAAGUAGGUUAACCAAAAAAAUAAAAGCCCAAUAAGCAUUAAUAAUGGUUAUAUUGACCAAAAGUACAAUUUUAUCCAUACAAAACUAGUACAACGAGUACGACAAAAACACCUCAUCAAACACAUAUUUUAAAAUAUUUAUGGUUUACUCUUGAAUUAUAAACUUUGAAUUGGAAUUGACACAUGUCAUCUUUCUAUAUUGUUUUGUAAAUAAAUCGAUAUACUCGAAUCUAACUAUAUAAAUAAGAAUGUAAAAUUAGAUUAUUUUCUUUAAAAUCUACAACGGUUACAUUGACCAAAAGUAUAACAUCUUAUCCACACAAAACUAGUAUAACGAGUACGAGUAAAACACGUCAUCAAACGAAGAUUGCAAACAGAUAUGGUUUACUCUCGGAUCAUGAAUCUUGAGUUGGCAUUGACAUAUAUCCUCUUUGUACUUAUAUAUAUAUAAUGAUUUACUCGAAUCUAACUAAAUAAAUACAAAAAAAAUCCUAAAUAAUUUUCUUCAAAUCUUUUCAUCCUUUUAAAGUUUUUUUUAUGGUAUCAGAGCCAUGAAUGAUUUUUCCGAUUUUUUCACUGCUUAGAUACCAAUGGUUCGUCUUAAAUAUGUUAUAUGUCCAGAGACCACCAACUGAAAAAAAAAAUCUGCAAUUGACAACAUGAAAUCUUAAUAUUUGGAGUCUUUUACUUGUUUAGAUUUGAUUUGUGCAAGCCAAUUUUUGGGUUAAAAUAUCUUCAAAUAGCAGUGCAUUAAUCUGAAGGAUUUUACUAGCAAAAACCAUUGAAAAAGUAAAUUUUUUUCCAAAGAGAAGUGUCAUGGCUGAAGAGAUGAAUAUCGGUCAGCUGGAUGAAAAUUUGAUUCUGAAAAUCCUUUCUUUAGUUCCAAUAAAAACUGUCGUGUCAACGAGUGUCUUGUCUAAAGAAUGGCAGUCUCGUUGGAAGUCGGUGCCAAAACUGAAGUUUAAUUCUGAGGACUACCAGAGUGAACACCAAACAUUUUCAGAGACUGUGUACAAGUAUCUCCUUUCAUAUGAAGCUGAGGUUCUAGAUAGUUUUCAUCUCAGCUUUGGAUCAGAUAAAGCUGAUGCAGUAGAUGUUGUACAUUGGAUUAAAACAGCGUUUGCUCUACAUUUGCGUACAUUGGUACUCGAAUUUCUCAUCUAUCCAUACGAGGUCGACGAGUUCAUAUUUACGAGUAGCUUGUGUACUUGUGAUACACUAGUGACUUUGAAACUCGGAAGUCUGAUUCUUGUAGAUAUCCCUGCACCGGGUUCGAUGAAGUCUCUUAAAACGCUGCAUCUUAUUCAUGCGUUCUACACAAACGAUGAUUCUAUCUGUAACCUUUUAUCUGGCUGUCCUAGACUUGAAGAACUCGUUGUGGAACGAUCUUGUGAAUACAGUGUGAAAUUUUUCACUAUCAAAGUCCCUUCUUUGCAGAUAUUAAAAAUUUAUGAUGACAAUGAUGAGGACGAGUUCGUUGGAUAUGUGAUAGAUACUCCUUCUUUGAAAUACUUAGAGAUUGGAUACUUAGGAUGUCCACAGUUUUCUCUGAAUGCACCGGGGCUGGUGGCGGCAUAUAUUGGUAGCGUUUCUAAUGUAAUCAGUGAAUCUCUCGUUUCAGUCAGACGUCUUGUCUUGAAUGUAUCAACUUCGAUGACUAUAUAUCCUCCUACUGGAUGUAUCUUCUAUCAACUGGUGUAUCUACAGAUAUAUACGCAUGAACCAGGCUGGUAUGAUCUACUUACGUGGAUGCUCGAACAUUCACCGAAACUACAAGUCCUGAAGCUCGUUGGUAAAUAUAGGAUUAAUCCUGACUAUCAUGUUCUCGGCUGGGAAUGGAAUAAGCCAAAGUCUGUCCCUGAAUGUUUGUUGUCACAUCUAGAGACAUUUGUGUGGAGAAGAUACGAUUGGAAAGGAGAAAAGGAAGAAGAAGUGGCUAUAUAUCUUCUAAAGAAUGCAAGAGAGUUGAAGAAUGCGAUUUUCUCUACAGGUCCCAUUGAACCGGGCCAGCUUGACAAGUUGAAACAGAGACGUAGGACACGCAAAAAAUUGGAUGGUGUGCUGAAGGCUUCUAAUACAUGCCACCUUGUGUUCAAGUUUGAAUGAUUUUAAUUAUGUAUUGGACUCUGCUAUACUUACAAUAUAGAGAGUGAUAAAAAUAUGGCGCUUCUAGCUUAAUCGGUUAUCGUUUUAGACUUUUAAAACAGCUUUCUCAAUUUUAUUCCUUUUGCUUUUGAUUUUGCUACGAUGAUGCAUUCUUAUAUAUUUUCUUUCCAUUCUUUUUGAAAUAAAUUGAAUAUUUAUGUUUUAUGAUUAAUCACUAACAACAAAUCACAUUAACUUCUUGCAAAAUAGUUGAAAACAUUAUCUAAUCUGAAAUAAAAAAAAAUUUCUCAACAUCAAUUAAAAUGAAACGGAGAGUAUAUUAUAUUGACGAUUGACAACAUUAUCAAAAUAUCUCUAUAAUAUUAUUAGAGAAAGCAUUUUCAUAUGUGUCGUGCUCACGUAAAUUAUUACGAUGAAAAGAUACUCUUAAUGGAUUGAAAAAUAUUGUAUCUAAAUACCAUCACUACAAAAAUUUAUUUCAUAUAAUUUACAUUCCUUUUCUUAUUUAAAAAAAAAACAUAUAUAAUAAAACAGAAUCAUUUAUAAAAAUUU